UUGAACGGCGGCUCUGCGCUUCGCUGGGGCCUCGCUGGAGAAGGGAGCGUAGCCGGGCGCCUGGGAAACCUCUGUCCUUCCCGAGGCCCAUCCUGGGGCGAUGGCACCGUACCCCCCUCACUGGUGACCUAUCCGGGCGGAUCACGCCCCCGGGGUGCGCUGAGGAGGCGGCCCAACCGCACGCGCAACUGCGCCCCAUCCACCGCUCUUGGGGGACCUGCGGCAGAAGGGCGGACUGCCCCCACCUACCCGCUUAGGGGACUUGCCCCCAUAGGCUCCCUUUACGUGGAGGCUGCACAAACAACUGCGCCCGAUCCCUUCUGGGGGCGGCACCCGCGGGCUGGUGCCUCCUCCCCACAACCCUGAGGACAAGAGCAUCGCUUGUACGUGGAGGAGAAAGUGGAAGCCACCCCUCCCCUCCUCCCCCGCCCCAGCAGGGCACGAGGAGCGAAGGGUAAGAAGGCUGGUGCCUGCCGCUCCCUGCAGACGCCGGAGGGAAGUGAAGCAGCUGAAGAAAGUUUCCUUCCAGGAGGUUGUGCUGAGAAUGGAGUGAUGCUCAUAAAAAGGCAGAAGUGGGUUGUGCUGGUGCCGCAUUGUGUUUACUGAGGCCCCUCCUGGGUGGUGGGGGCUCAGCAGCUUCGUAUGAGGAAGAGUCAGUCACUGGUACUGCUCUACAUUCAAGUGCAUCGGUGGAAGGGGGUGUUGUACGGACUCCUCCCUUACUAAAUGCAAUGUGACGCUUGGAUGGAUCAUGGUUUGCCAAGGGCUCUAGUUGUUACGUGCAUCCGAUAAUCAUCUCCAAAAUGGAUUUUAGUCAGAACAAUUUAUUUGGAUACAUAGAAGACCUUCAGGAACUUACUAUUAUAGAAAGGCCGGUACGCAGGAGUUUAAAGACACCAGAAGAAAUAGAGAGAUUGACAGUUGAUGAAGAACUCAAUGAUAUUGAAAGGGCUGUAUAUCUACUCAGUUCUGGUCAAGACAUCCAAGGAACAAGUGUGGUUGCAAAUCUUCCUGUCCUGAUGAGACAGAAUCCGGCAGAGACACUUCGGCGGGUUUUGCCAAAAAUCAGAGAGGUCCUGCAUGUUGCAGGGGUGGAAAUGCAGUUGACAGCUGCUGUUUCAUUUUUGACUAUUCUGCAAGAGGAGUCAGUGUCCAUUCAUACUUAUUCCCACUCCUUUCUACACAUCAUUCUACAGAAUCUGGAACAUAGGGAUGCAGGUGUCAGCAAUGCAUGGCUGGAAACUCUUCUUGCUGUAAUAGAAGUCUUGCCAAAAGAAACCAUCAGACAUGAGAUCCUGAAUCCACUUGUUUCCAAGGCACAACUUUCCCAAACACUUCAGUCUCGCUUAGUUAGCUGUAAAAUAUUGGGAAAAUUAGCUAACAAGUUUGAAGCUCAUAUCAUUAAAAGGGAAAUUCUUCCACUCGUUAAAUCGCUCUGCCAGGAUGUAGAAUAUGAAGUUCGAUCCUGCAUGUGUCGGCAACUGGAACAUAUAGCUCAAGGAAUAGGGACAGAACUAACAAAAAAUGUAGUGCUUCCUGAAUUAGUAGAACUAGCCAGAGAUGAAGGCAGCAGUGUGCGUCUUGCCGCAUUUGAGACUUUAGUUAAUCUGCUUGAAAUGUUUGAUGCAGAUGACAGAAGUCAAACUGUGCUCCCUUUAGUGAAAUCAUUCUGUGAAAAAUCCUUCAAAGUGGAUGAAUCUAUUCUUGUUUCUUUGUCUUUCCAUUUAGGGAAACUAUGUAAUGGAUUAUAUGGAAUUUUUACUCCAGAGCAACACUUGAGAUUUUUGGAAUUUUACAAGAAACUUUGCACACUGGGUUUGCAGCAGGAAAAUGGACACAAUGAUAAUCAGAUACAACUUCAAACACUAGAGCAAGAAAAGAAGUAUAUAUCAGUAAGGAAGAACUGUGCUUACAACUUUCCAGCCAUGAUUGUUUUUGUGGAUCCAAAAAACUUCCAUUUGGAACUAUACUCGACAUUUUUCUGUCUUUGUCAUGACCCUGAAGUGCCCGUCAGAUACACUAUGGCUAUUGGCUUGUAUGAAGUUGCUAAGCUUUUAGAUUCUGAUGUCUAUGUAAUACAUAAAGAACUGGUAACACUACUUCAGGAUGAUUCAUUGGAGGUAUUAGAUGCACUAUUAAGUCACCUGCCUGAAAUUCUUGAAUUUAUGACUACUGGAGGAGAAAACAGUGGAUCAGAAAGCAAGUUCUUGACUAUCCCUGACUUGAUUCCGGCACUAACAACAGCGGAACAGAGAGCAGCAACUUCUUUAAAAUGGAGAACUCAUGAAAAAUUACUACAAAAAUAUGCAUGCCUGCCUCAUAUCAUAUCAAGUGAUCAGAUUUAUUAUCGUUUUUUGCACAGAAUGUUGACAAUCAUUAUGACAAAUAAUGUUCUCCCUGUCCAAAAAGCAGCUGCUCGAACUCUCUGUGUUUAUUUACGCUAUAACCGCAAACAAGAACAGAGACAUGAAGUCAUUCAGAAAUUGAUUGAACAGCUGGGCCAAGGAAAAAGUUACUGGAACAGACUUCGGUUUUUAGACACCUGUGAAUUCAUUAUGGAACUGUUUUCCAAAUCAUUCUUCUGUAAAUACUUCUUUCUUCCUGUGCUUGAGCUUACACAUGAUCCAGUAGCAAAUGUGAGAAUGAAGCUUUGCUAUUUGUUGCCAAAAGUGAAAUCUACUUUGAAGGUCCCUACAGACAAACAUUUACUUCAGCAGUUAGAGCUGUGUAUAAGAAAACUUCUGUGUCAGGAGAAAGAUAAAGAUGUCUUGACUAUUGUAAAACGAACCGUGUUGGAGUUGGACAGAAUGGAAAUUUCUGUGGAUGCUUUUCAGAAAAGGUUUUAUGAAAAUGAUUUGUUGGAUCAAGAAAAAGAAAGAGAAGAACAGCUCCUGUUGGAAAUGGAGCAAUUAGAAAAAGAGAAGCAGCAGAAUGAGGGACGGUCGACCAGUAUCAGUGAUAAAAUAUUUGAAAAGAAGCGUAGAGACAGUAAAACAUCAACUUUGUCAAAAAGCAUAUCUCUUUCUGUUUCUGGAAGCUCUUCAAGUGCAUCAACAAGCAAAGAAGGGAAGAAAUCUAAGUUAGUUCGAAGCCAGUCUUUCAGUACUCAAGCAUUGCAUCCAAAAUAUGGCAACAUAGACAAGUGUUCUAAUAAAAGUUCUGCAACAGGAUAUACUUCUUCUAUACCUGGAGUGGGAAAGGCUUCUAUGCUACCAUUUAGUGAUGAUUCAUUCCGGACACGUUCCUCCAAUACUAGUGGGAAUGUUGUCUUUUCUUCCAGUGCCACUGUAGCGACUGCCUCCCGUAGUACAACUAACUCAAUCGACCAAAAGAACAAUGGAACUAAAGACAGUCAGUCACGAAAAAUGAGCUUAAAAAACAGAAAAUCAAACUCUUAGAUCAUCUGACAGAAAUGGAAGCACACCAAAGACUACUGGAGGCAAAGCGAUUUUGUGAUAACAAUGGUUGGAGCAACAGCUGGGGAAUCUGAUGGCUGGACAGGAGAGACUUAGUGCAUCUUGCUAUGUUAAAACCUAUCUUUUAAGCAAUUUACUAAGUUGUAACAUAACUCCAUAUAAAUAAUGUAAUGGUUGCAGAAUUCCAAUGUUGUAGUGAAGUGUUAAUGAAAUGUAACUUUAGCUAUGUGCUUUAACUGCUGCAGCUAAAGAGAUAAGGUUUUUGUUCUUCAAUUAUGCCUUUGUAGUUCAGAUUCUUGGAUUUAGGAUGCAAAUAUCCUACUUAAUUGUACUUAUUUAGGGUUUUAGCAGUUCCUAACAUCCCUUUGUUAUGGAAGAAAAAUUUUCUGAAAUUGUUCUAUAUAUGGGAUUAACAGAGAAAUUAAUUUCACCUUUCAAAAACUCUUCAAAUUCAAUUUAAACUAAAAUCCAGAAGUACCACUAAGCAGAUGAAAUAAGAUUGUGCUAUGAAUUGGGAUGUGGUAUUAAUACGUGUACUAACUCAAGUUUAUACAAAUCCUUUACAAGUUUUCCAAAAAUGUUCAAAGUAAAUACCUCCAAAUUAUAUCAGAAUGAUUUCUUUUGUUUCAUAAGACAGUUUUGUUGUAUAAAUACAUUAUUUAAUUUUUAGUAUUUCAGAGUGUAUUUUCUCUUCACCUAAUAUUUUAAAAAUGAUGAAUCUAGUUUUUAAUUAGCUGUUAUUCCAAGCUAUCAUGCUUUAGCUUUGUCAACAUUUGUUUGUAUUAAGGCUGAUGUUUCUAUCAAACUUUGCCUGUGAAAAACAUGCAGUUCUAUUUAAAAAGUUCUAUUUAUGCCAAUACUUGAGAGAUACUGUAUGAAGCUAUUGUCAGCUUCUCUAUUUCAAAAUGCAAUCAGCAUAACUAUAUUGAUAUCAGAAAAUAUCUGUUUUUUAAAUUUAUUGGUGUAUGAUAAAGAUGAUCUAAUUAGUGAAUGCAUGUGUGUGUGGUUAGUUUUUACCAUGUGAAAUAAUGAAUGAUUAAUGUACUCAGAAUAAAAACUUAGGAUAAUGCAGUACUUGCAUGUUUGUGGAAAAAAGAGUUAUUUUUGCAAUGUCUAUUUUAUAAUUGAAGAAAAAUAAAAGCAUUUAAUGAUAGAAGUUAUUUAUUUUAAAUCACACUGCAACCAGUUCUCUUGCUCUUCAGUGAAGAUGUGCAUUAGUAGUUUGCAGUGUAUUGUCAUGUAAUGUCUGGAUUAUUAGCUCCUUAUAGUAUAUUUGAAUUUUGGUGAGCCUAGUCAUAGCAUUUAUUAAUUUAUUCCUUCUUUCCUUGAUAUUAUUUGCACUCUGUGGACAUGAAGUAUGGUGAGGCGUCAUCUGGAGUCCUGUGUCCAGUUGUGGGCACUACAUUUAGGAAAGAUGUAGACCAGGGAUGUCAAACUCCUGGCCCAUGUGCCAUCCCCGACCAAAGCAGUUGUGCAUUCUGGCCCAGGAAUCCCAGCACACCUGAUAUGAACCCAGAUAUGUUAAGGACUGUUAUAAAGAGGACAGUGAUGAUAAUUGUUCUCCAUAUCCAUUGAAGUAAAACAGAAAGCAGUGGGUUUAAUCUCCAACAAGGGAGAUGUGUUAGAUAAUAAGGAAACUUUUUAACUAUAAGAGUAGUUAGUCACUAGAAUAGAUUUUCAAGUGAGGUUGUGGAAUCCCAUCACUAGAGGUUUUUAAGAACAUUUUGGACAAACAUAUGUUAGGGAUGGUCUAGAUUCAUUUUGUUCUGCACCUGAUAAUGGGGCUAGACUUGAUGACUUAUUGAGAUCUCAUCCAGCUCUACAUUUCUAUGACUCUAUGAUUGGUUCAAAUCUGCAGUAUUUUCUCUUUUGCUUGAGUUAGGCUCAUUUAAAUUACAGAUUCUUUUUGAAAAAUCUGCUCUGAACUUCCACUAUGAAGAACAUUGUGUAUUGGUGCAAGAACACAGACCUCGCAAAGCAGUAUCAGGAGAAAUUGUUGAGCCUUGAUUAUUAUGUGGUUUUCUGUGGCAGAUGGAUAUGUUCUUCCUUUUCUCCUUUCUUCCACAUUUCUGACUCUGGCAGGAAGAUAGGCUAUGUCUAGACUACAUC